AGGGAGGAAAGCCCAAGUAGGCGGCGGCGGCGGCGACAGCGGCCCAAUUGUGGUGUAGGGGAGGGGACCAAAACUACAGCCCCCAGAAUGCUCCGCGGCUGCCACGCGUGUAACCGUCUCCUAUUUUUAGAAAUGUGUUUUUCGUAUUCGUGCUUUGUGGCACAAAGGACGACAUGGCGAAGCUGUGUGUGAGGAAAAAGGAGCACACCGGCUUUUAAAAACAACCCCCCCCCAACCAGUCGUGGUUUCCGGGGUCAGGAGGUCACAGCCUCGGAGCGGGUCAUGUGACUCCAAGAUGGCUGCCAGGCGGCGGCCGUGAGGGGGAAGUGACGGUUCCUGUUGGAGGCGCGGGGCGAAGGAAGGGGACAGACGGCGAAGGGACUCGGGCUGGUCCUAGCGCACACCUGGUUUGAGGAGUAGGGAACGGCAGGCUCGGGAAGGGCUCAGCCUCUCUGGGGACGGGAAGAGGCAGCCGUCCAUUCCCCGGGCGGGCGGGCAGGCUGCAGCUCCCCAAGGAGGGCUCUGGAGAGGAGCCUGCGUCCUGGGGGCAGCCAGCUGCUCAAGGGCAUUCCGGACUGGGAAGAGGGGCUGGGGCUAGACUCUGAUCUCCCCUUCCGCCCCCGCGCAAAUGAAGGGGCUUGUCUCCGCUGCCCCACUUGAGGGGAAGGACUGACCCCGUCUCCCUCAGGUGUGAAGAGGAAGUUCCCACCCAGGGAGGAGUGUUACUUGGUGAGGGGCAAGUGGCCCCUAGGCGAAGAGGUCAAGGGAGAGGGUGGGAAGGUCCUAGGGCGAGGAGCCCACAGAGAGCGGUCAGGGGGGCAUAGAAGGGGUGAGUGACCCCCACAGAGAGUCCUUGGGGAGGUAUAGUAGGAUCCUCGGGUGAGAGGUGAGCCCCCCCUACACACACACACAGGCAGAGGUCAAAGGGGAAUGCAAUAGGGCCUGUCAGGUGAGGGUCAAGUGAUUCCCCCCAACAGGUAGGUCAAGUGGUGGUUGUUCACCACCACCACCACCACCACCACCACCACCAAUGGAUUCUAGCUGAACAUUAUUGGUCCGUGUUCUCCAUGCCCCUUCACUGCCCCCAACUGGAAAUAUGAUCAGCGCCCCAGAUGUGGUGGCGUUUACCAAAGAGGAGGAGUAUGAAGAGGAGACCUACAACGAGCCAGCCUUGCCCGAGGAAUACUCUGUGCCACUCUUCCCUUUCGCCAGCCAUGGGGCCAACCCCUGGUCCAAGCUCUCGGGAGCCAAGUUCACACGGGACUUCAUCCUUAUCUCGGAGUUCUCGGAGCAAGUGGGCCCCCAGCCAUUGCUCACUAUCCCAGAUGAUGCCAAAGUUUCCGGCACCUUUGAUCUCAACUAUUUUUCUCUCCGCAUCAUGUCAGUGGAUUAUCAAGCCUCCUUUGUGGGGCACCCCCCUGGAUGCCCUUACCCAAAGUUGAACUUUGUGGAGGAUUCUAAAGUUGUCCUGGGCGAUUCCAAGGAAGGAGCUUUUGCUUAUGUGCACCACCUGACACUCUACGAUCUCGAAGCAAGAGGUUUUGUCAGGCCUUUCUGCAUGGCCUAUAUUUCUGCUGAUGAACACAAAAUCAUGCAGAUGUUUCAAGAGCUCUCCACGGAAUUUUCUAAGGCUUCAGAAUGCUUAAAGACUGGCAAUCGGAAAGCCUUUGCAAGUGAACUGGAAAAAAAAUUGAAAGAUCUUGAUUACACCAGAACUGUUUUGCACAAUGAGACUGAGAUCCAGAAGAAAAACAACGAGAAAGGCUUCUACACCACUCAAGCUAUUGAGAAAGCAAAUGAACUGGCCAGUGUUGAAAAAUCUAUUAUAGAGCAUCAAGAUCUUUUAAAACAGAUCAGAUCAUAUCCUUACAGUAAGCUGAAAGAUUCUGAUUUUCAUCAUUAUGAGCCAGAGUGUGCAAUAGAACAAGACAAUAACUCAGAACAAGGAUGUACUACCUCGAAAUCUGAUGAGCCCAGUGAAAUGCACCUUUAUCCUCAACAGCCCUCUUAUAUCCCGAAGCUGAUCAAGGCAAAGUCUGCCAAAUGCUUUGACAAGAAACUCAAAACUCUUCAGGAAUUGUGCAAUGAAUAUUUUUUCACUCAGACUCUAGACCAAUUGCAUCAAAUUGAGAAAAUGUUCAGAGGUGAUGUUUGCUACCUCUUGAUUAACCAGAUCAGUAGAGCCCUUUUAAAGCAACAAACUAUUACCAACUUCCUUUUUGAAGAUAUAUUCCUUCUUGAUGAAAAACCGCUGAACAAGCAGUUCAAUGGCUACCAGGGACUUAAUCUAGACACCCCCCAUGCCAAGUGUUUGGAAGUCAGUCCUGUUCCUAAAAUGUUGGUCAACUUGGGAUCUUACAAAUCCAGUGUUGAGUCUGUGCCUAUUAAGAUGGAUCAGGAGAUUGAAGACACUCGAGAGACAGAAUUUUCUGAACCGAUUACUUUCAACUAUCAAGACAAUCUUGAAUAUCUUGAUGCAGAGCUUAAAGGAAGUGUCAGUAGCGGUGAAAGCAUUGAAGUUUUGGGAACGGAGAAGUCCGCAGCUGCCCUGCCUCCACCUGAGAGCCAGGCAAAUUUGCCACCAGCCCACUGUAGCCCACAAGUGGUGAGGAACAAAGCAGUCAGCAAGCGGACUAUCAGUGAGGACAGCAUCGAGGUCCUCAGCACGUGUCCCUCGGAAGCGCUGAUUCCUGAUGACUUUAAAGCAAGCUACCCAAGUGCCAUUAACGAAGAACCUUAUGCAGAUGAAGAUGAUGAAAGUCUUCACUUUAGCCAUGGUUUAAAUCUGGGCAACACUGAAGAGAUGGAAGGCAAUCCUGAAACUGAAAAUCUUCUCCCUGUGGACUCUGCCUGUUGCACUGGAAAAGAGAGUCCAAACUUCCUAGAGCCUAACGUGAUCCCCAGACAUUGUGAUGAUGAUGGAGUGGUCCGUAUCCCACCCCAGCCAUACCGGCAGGUGGAUCAGGAGUUUCAUAGUUUUACAGACUAUUCUUCCCAUGAUGGGGUCUUGGGCGGCCUCCUCACCUAUGAGCUUGAUCCACAUUAUCUCACAAGCAGCAGGGACACCAGUAAGAUGAUCCUGGAUAAAUGUUCAGACUCCACAAGCUACAUGAGCAGCACAGCUUCCACAAGCUCAGACCGGACUUCUUCUCCUGCUCCUCUGGUGGGUCAGUUUGGGGAAAAGCACAAGAAGAAGGCAGGGCAGAACGCCUUGCGGUUCAUCAGGCAGUAUCCCUUUGCUCACCCGACCAUCUAUUCUCUGCUGAGUGGGAGGACAUUGAUAGUGCUGGGGGAAGACAAGGCCAUCGUGGAGAAGCUCAUCACAGCCCUCUCCAUAUUUGUUCCAAACUGUGGAGCAUAUGCCAAACCUGUGAAGCACUGGGCCACGUCUCCUUUGCACAUCACGGACUUUCAGAAGUGGAAACUGAUUGGAUUGCAAAGAGCCUCUUCUCCAGCCGGGGUCAGCGUGAUGCACUCUCUCAGCCGAUACAGCCGGUACAUCAGUAUCCUGGAUGCUGACAGCAAGACGCUCCGCUGCCCUCAUUACAGAGGGACCCUGGUUCCCCGGCUGGCUGACCACCGCACCCAGAUCAAGCGGGGAAGCACCUACUCUAUGCACGUCCAGACUGUCCUGACCCAGCUGUGCUCCAAGGCCUUCCUGUACACCUUCUGUCACCACCUGCACCUUCCCAUCAAAGAGGGAGAGACAGAGGAGUCCGUGGCAUCUCGGCGGCUGAACUUCCUGAAAACCCAGCUGGGCCUGGCAAACGAGGAUAGCAGAGUGGUGCAGUAUCUGGCCGAGCUGCUGAAACUCCAAUACGUUCAGGAUCCCAUCCGGGGGGUCAGCCCAGUCCUCAGGUUUGAUUACACGCCCAGCUCUUUGUACAAAAUUUAGCCGCCUCCAGCUUGCCCUGUCGCUUCCUCUCACACAACGAUCGUCUGUCCUCACCUGUGGCUCUUCACGGACCCACACAGUGCCAUUGUCACUGAGGUCUUUUGGGUGGAUCGGAGAACAGCAUGUAGCUCAGCCAAACUCAUUAAAAGGAGACUGCUGAAAUACCGGCCACACCUCUUUGGAAAAGGGAGACUGCCCACUUCUAAAUCGCUUUUGGAAGGAGCCAUUCGGUCUCGGAUCGGGGGGCGGGGGGAGAAUGGGGAGCGGCAUCUUUGCAGUGUGUUGGCGGGUAUAUGGAAGGGGAAGUUGGCUUGGUACGUGGACAGUGCUGUGGGGGUGUGGGGAGGGGUGCGUAGUGGCACAGGGAACAGGGUUCCCUCUAACGGGAAUUCCCAGUUGUUGACUACAACUCCCAUAAUCCCCAGCCAGAGGCCAUUGCAGCUAGGGAUGCUGGGAGGUGGAGUCAGCAACAUCUGGGAAUCCCCGUUAGCGGGAACACUGACCGGGAGGGCCCAUGUUCAUUUUUUUUAUUUGAAUGGAAAUAAGCCACAGAAACAUCUGCGUAGCAAACCUGGCCUUUCCUAGAUCAUUUUGGGUGAUCAUAGAAAGUGGAGAUUACCUUUUAAAACAAAGCAGGGAAAAGGCCGGCUGCCCAAGUACCACAGGAGACAGAUAUUGAUCCGCUGAUGUGAUCAUUUUGCAGGGUGGGCGGGCAUUGCAAUGACUGCUGGAAUUGAGCACCCCUGGGAAGUGGGGGCGGGGAACCGGAAGAGAAUUCCACAAGGCAUUUCCUGGCGCUCCAGAUCAAAGCGGGAAGGAAGGCUUGGCAGGGUGUUGGAAAGCCAAAAAGGUGUGAAUGUUGAGAGUAGGGGUGGGAAGGGUGUGAGAGUGAGAGUGCCCGGUGAGGGAGAGGCAGCGUCUCAAAGGGCCGCAGCAUCGCCCUCUUAGCACUCAGGUGUCCUUGGGAACGAAUGUACUGGAUUCGACCACCUUUCUCCCUGCCCCUUGUGUGCUGCUUUGUCGCAGCUGGGCUUGGUUUGCCACUCACAUCACAGCCAGCCCCCCAGGACCCACACUGGCGCACACUGCUUCCAACUCUGCCCCGCUGCUCCGUGUUUGUUUGUUUCAAAUGUUAAGCCUUGCAACAAUUUUACUACCUCUACCAUAGCGGCACUGUGAGUUAUGCAGCUCACUGUCCAUUGGGUGUGGAGGACUUUCAGUUCCAAAACUCCUCCCAAGUUGCAAACCGGCUGAAAGCUGUCAAUUUAGUCUUUACGGACUCGUCAAAUGUUGGGUGAUGCCCGCAGGAUUUGUGCUCAUCUUUCGUUUUGCCUGUGAACGCGGGAGAUCUCCAAUGAGGCUACAUCGCAUUUUGGCUGCAGAUCAGCCAAGAACAGGGGCUUAUUCAAAGGGGACAGCUGGUUGUAGUAACCUUUAAAGGGUAGAGGAAUGCCUUACUGAAAAUAUCCUCCUUGGUUUUAUUUCCCUUUUUAAAGGUUUUAUUUCUGUUUUCAGUGUCGGGAGGCUGGUGGCAGAAGCAGAAUCAAAUAUUUUAGAAGAGUAACUGAACUGUAUAUGUAUUUUAAAACCUCUGUUUGAUGUAACUCUGCGAGACAAAAGUUCUGGAACUGAAUGUAAACGUUUCUGAUGUCCCAGAGGAAGCGUCAAGGCCAAGUGUAAAGCUUAGUGUUUUAAGAGUUCUGGGAAACUUGAUGCAAAUGCUGCACUACUGUAAAGAAAAAGAAAAAAGCAGGGGGGAAACCCCCAUCCCAUUUGAAAGGGAGACUCCUUGUUUAUAUGCUGCACUUUUGAGUUCUUUAAGUAAAGAGAGUAUUUUGUUGAGGUUACCCCCAAGAAGACUGCUUACCAAGUGAGAGCAAAUGGCAGGGUUUUGAAUAAGUGGUGGGAGGGAACCUCAGCCCUUCUGACAUUGUCAGACCUACAGUGGAGUCACAAUGUGGGGCGGGGCCUCCCCCCCCCCUGGCAAAGCAGGCAGGCACGGUUUGCAGCUUUUCAGGCCGCACUGCAUUGCUUCCUGCCUUUUCCAUUCAAACACCUGGAUUGGGAGCAGCCCACAUGUUUUACUAGCAAGGGUACCAAACCAGAUGAUCCCCACGCUUGCUAAUGAGAGCUUGUAAAUAAAGUCUCCUGUAUUUUCUGCUGGAAAAUACAGAAGCCAGGGUGCAAAUAGCUUCUUGGCAUUUCAUCUCUCCCUCUCUCUCUGUUACGUCAGGACUUUGCAGGAUUGCUCAUAUCCAGGAUUUAGAAUAGCCUUCCUUGGUUUAUCUCAUUUGAAAGACAGUGCUUAUGAAACUGGACAUGACGGAGAGCACAAACCUACUGCCCGAAUGACACCCUGGCGUCCAUUUCUCCCUCUAUAAUUUCUAGGUAUGUUCAUCUGUAUCGGGAUGACAUCUGGUUGGCAGCCAGCACUGGGGGUGAAGAGUUUGAUGCCAUCUUUUGACAAAUACCACUAGAAACUGGAGGGGAUCAAGGGGAGUGCCAGAGAUUGGGGUUCUGUGGCAGCCCCGUGCCAUCUGCAGUGUCCAGUACCACUCCAAGAAGCCCCUUGUUCUGGUUAUACUGGCUUCCAAUAUGCCUGCUCUACUCAGUGGGCUCUUUCUCUUUGUCAUCUUACCUGAAUUUCUCAGUAUUUCCUCCUUUGAUAGCAGCAGGGACUGGGGGAGGCAGCACAUUUUUAUGCCUCUUAAGGAUGAGGAAGAGGGGCCUGCAGUAGAGAAGUAGCUUUCUUUCUUUCUUUUUUUGCUUCCCUAAUGGAGCCAAGCCUACUUGUUUGGGAUGGAGAAGGUUGUGCUUAUAAAGCCAGCCAUUAGCUGUUUCUCCAAAACCAGACACUGACACUUGUAUGUGGAGCUACUGUUGAUGCUGUAGCAUCUAGAGCAGGGACAGGUAGCCUUCACGCUCCAGCUGUUGUUGAACUACAACUCCCAUUAUCCCUAGCCUCAAAUUAUUAUGGCUGUGAAUGAUGGGAGUUGUACAACAACAGCUGGAGAGCCAAGGUCCCUGCUCUAGAGAAAACCUUGUAAGGUUAUCUAGACAGCCAGUAUUGGGGUCUCCAUACCCCAUUCCCAGAUUUUUGUUCUGCCUUACCUGCACAAUGCCUUUUGUACACAUGUUGUAUCCACAGCUGGCUAAUACCUGUUCAAAGCUUGCACUAUUAUCAGAAAUCUAGGAGGAAUCCCCAAAAGAAGAGGUCUCCAGGGGUGGAUCCUAGGUGGUCUUGCCUACACUAGACCAUGCUAUGCAUUUCAGCCCAUAUUUUCAACCUCCUUGCUUGGGUUUCUCUAUCUAUUCUUUGCAGGUGCAGAAUGGUUUAUUACAUUUGCAUUUAUCACUAAAAUGUGCCAAUGUGGUUUGUGAAUAGGACUGGUUCCUUGAGGGACCCAUAAGUGCAAGACUCUGGAAACAGUCCUGGCAGCUCGCAUGCACUACUGACCCUUGAAGGCAGGCAUUCUCAAGCACAGGCGUUCUCAAGCUUGGGUCCCCACAUGUUGAACUAGAACUCCUAUCUUCCCCAGUCAGUGGCUUUCAGCCAUUUUUCAGGCUUUCUGUGGACCCAAGCUUGAGGACUCUUGCCUUCAAGGAUGCCUGGGUCUAGGUGCAAGGACAGGUGAUGGGUGCCAUCCUGUUAGCAAGGAGGUGUCCUUAGCCCAAUACAUUGCUGAGCCUUGUAAGUAUAGAAACAACCCAUCCUCUGAAAACCACCACGGUGGGUGUUCCUUUCUUCCUCCUCUUGACUCCCUGACCAUCCCACCUAGGCUGCAUUUGACACAGUGGUCUGGCUUCCUAGCUUUGUAUUCUGGAUUUUAAUACAAUGGUGCUCUUUUGCACACACUUAAAACUGAAAAACUGAACCCACCAAAUGUCCUUCAAGGACUGUGAGAUUAGGCAAAACUCCCUCGUGCCCUCUGGCAUCUUGUUUUUGGACACUGCAUUGAUAUGUGGAAUAAAGCAAGUUCAUCUUGUGCUUUCAGGGCCCCACAAUUCAGCCAUGAGUCCGGUAUAGACAUAAGUGCUGUCGAUCUAAAUCAGGGUUAGCAGUUCCAUAACAUCCUACAGGUUCACAAGCUCCCUUCCCUCAUCAGUGUUAACCAUGGUGAAGAAUUACACCUGCACCAAGGUUAACAUUAACCAUGGUUACCUCCUAGCCAGACUUUGCAGACCAGCUUCAAACCCUGGUUACAAGCCAACCAUGACUAGUAUGAAGUUUAAUGUGGACUUCAUGCUACAACAUGGGGCAAUUUGCAUGGGAUAGAAGAGGCGGCAGCAGGAUGUGCCUAUAAGGAGUUCCCAAUCUCUAAUCAUGGUUUGUAGUGUGCCAAAGGCAGCAGGCAUAGUUAAGAGAGAAGCUUAAUCUAGCUCUUGCAUCAUGAAGUGACCUGCACCGUUCUGCCUCAUUAAUCUGGUAAAUGUUCAUAUAGGUUGUCCCAAGAAUGAACCAUUGGGUGCAGAUCAACAUGCUACAACUGGAAAUGCAGGGACUCUAGCAUAAUUUGCACUUGGAGAUUUUUGAAUGGGAGGUUGCUUUCCCGGACAAACCAUGGUACUCCAGGAGCUGACACACCUGCAGUCAUAUCUAGGAAUGCAUAAGCCCACGGCCCUGCUAGUUGCUUCUUGCUCUCCUAGGCCACAGCCUUCUCAGCCCCUCCUUUUCUCCCUCCCUCUCUCUGGACUUGGGUGGGCUGGCAGCUGUCUAGAAGCCUCUGUCUCUUUCCCCCAUUCCCAAAUUCUCACCCUUCCACGACGUCUCUCAUUGCUGCAUGUUAAGUUUCUUGUCCGUACCUGUGUGUACACAACACUUUUGUGUAGGCAGUAGUUGGGGGGGCGGGGGAAUAUUAAAUGGGAUUGUCUUCACAGACAAAAUCCAUGCAGCAUGCCUUCCAUGUGUUUGUGCUGUUAAGGUGCGUACUGCACAAGAUCUUAAAAUAACAUACCCAAUGACUACAAUGAAAAAUGUACAUUUAAAAAAAUUAUUUAUUUGGGCUCAAAUAUUUUUUGAAAUACAAAAAGGAAAAAAAAUAUUGGUUGUAUUUUUUAAAGCUUAUAUAACCAUUGGCAUAUAUUGUGGUUAAAUUCUUAACUUUAUUGUGCUUAGUAAAAAGUGUCCUGACUAUA